CACAAGGGCAGAGAGUGUCAAAAUGAUCGUCGGCUUCGGUUCCCAUUAGAGCACAUUUACGAUUGCGUAAUUGUCGGUCCUCAGGCUCGUUCUCACUCAAUCAGCCUAACAAACAAACCAGAAAGAGAGCCUUUUUCAAUUUCAGAUAUAUAUAUAUAUAGAUAUAUAUAAGUAAGAAUUAUAUAAGAUUAUUGUUAUUUAGUUUAUAAUACACUUUCUUCUUCGUUUUCUUCCUCUUACUCUUCUUUGGAAAAAUCUAAUCCCUCAGAUGAAUAAGCCCAACAUGCACCGUUUAGAUCUGUGAAUGAACCACCAUCUUCUGUUUUUUUUUUCUUCUUCGCGUGCACUGAUCCGCCAUCUCCGAAUCCAUGUCCUCCUCCCAAACCCUCGGCGGCAUUUCCCGCUGCGGCCGCGUCCUUGGCCCUUCCCUGGACAAGAUCGUGAAGAACGCGGCAUGGCGGAAGCACUCCAACCUCGUUGCCGCCUGCAAAUCGGCGCUCGACAAGCUCGAGACGCUCUCCGAUUCCUUCUCCGAUCCAAACUCGCCUCUGUCCGGUCUCUGCCUCUCUGACUCUGAAUUCGUCCUCCAACCGCUCCUCCUUGCGAUUGGCUCCGCUUACGCCAAGGUCGUCGAGCCCGCUCUCGAAUGCGCCUUCAAGCUCUUCUCCCUCGGUCUCAUCCAUGGCGAAAUCGAUAGCGCUAAGCCUCAGAAUAUGGCGUUCAAGCUUGUUGAGGCUGUUUAUAAGUCGGGCGGGCUUGGUGAGGAGGCGAUCGAGCUUGGUGUGCUUCGUGUUCUGCUUUCCGCGGUUCGAUCUCCGUGCGUGUUGAUUCGCGGUGAUUGUUUGGUGAGUAUUGUUAGGGCUUGUUACAAUGUGUAUCUUGGUGGCCAAAAUGGUACCAAUCAGAUCUGUGCCAAGUCGGUUCUUGCACAGAUUAUGGUGAUCGUGUUUACCAGAGUCGAGGAGGACUCAAUGGACGUUGUCAUAAAGAGGGUCUCUGUGCAUGAAUUGCUGGAAUUCACCGAUAAGAACUUGAACGAAGGGAGUUCCAUCUACUUCUGCCAGAACUUUGUGAAUGAGAUUAUAGAUACAAGUGAAGGGAGUUCUAAACAGUUGACGCCAUCUCCGGUGCACAAACUGCAAAAUGGCAAUGGCUCCGCUGGAAAAGUAGAAGAUUUGGGACAUGGAGAUUCGAUUGAGGGAGCUGAAUCGGGUGAUGGUGGUGGCAGUAAGAUUAGGGACGAUGGCUUUCUUUUAUUCAGAAAUUUGUGUAAGUUGUCCAUGAAAUUCUCGUCGCAGGAGCACCCUGAUGAUCAAAUUCUGUUGAGAGGGAAAAUUUUGUCGUUGGAGCUGCUAAAGGUAGUCAUGGAGAAUGGGGGCUCGAUUUGGCGCUCCAAUGAGAGGUUCCUCAAUUCUAUCAAGCAGUUCCUGUGCUUAUCAUUGUUAAAAAACAGUGCACUGUCUGUUAUGGCUAUUUUCCAGCUUCAGUGUUCUAUUUUCAUGAUCUUGUUAUCAAAAUUUAGAUCAGGGUUGAAAGCAGAAAUUGGUAUAUUUUUUCCCAUGCUUGUUCUCCGGGUGCUUGAGAAUGUGCUUCAGCCUAGUUUUGUCCAGAAAAUGACUGUCCUCAACUUAUUGGAGAAGAUUUCUCAGGAUUCACAGAUUAUCAUUGACAUCUUUGUCAACUAUGAUUGUGACGUGGAUUCUCCAAACAUCUUUGAAAGGAUUGUCAAUGGCCUUCUGAAAACUGCUCUAGGACCUCCUUCUGGUUCAACCACGACAUUGUCUCCUGCACAAGAUAUUACAUUUCGGCAUGAGUCAGUUAAAUGCCUGGUUUGCAUCAUUAAAUCAAUGGGAACUUGGAUGGACCAGCUAAGACUAGGAGACUUGGAUCUGGUCAAGGGCCAUGAGAGUGAUUCUUCAACAGAGAACCAUUUGACCCAGCCUGGAGAAGAAGGAACUUCUGAUUAUGAAUUACAUCCUGAAGGAAAUUCAGAAUCCUCAGAUGCUGCUACGCUCGAGCAGCGUCGAGCUUAUAAAAUUGAAAUGCAGAAAGGUAUAUCACUGUUUAAUAGGAAGCCAUCAAAGGGCAUUGAGUUUCUGAUAAGCACCAAAAAAAUUGGUAGUUCUCCUGAAGAGGUUGCUUCUUUCCUGAAGAAGACUAGUGGCCUAAAUGAAACUGUGAUUGGUGACUAUUUGGGUGAAAGGGAGGAAUUUUCCCUCAAAGUUAUGCAUGCUUAUGUGGAUUCCUUCAAUUUUAUUGGGAUGGAUUUUGGUGAAGCGAUAAGGUUUUUCCUGCGGGGAUUCAGGUUACCUGGAGAAGCACAGAAGAUUGACCGCAUUAUGGAGAAGUUUGCUGAGCGCUAUUGUAAAUGCAAUCCGAGUUCGUUUACCAGUGCAGACACUGCUUAUGUUCUCGCUUACUCUGUGAUUUUGCUUAACACAGAUGCACAUAAUAACAUGGUGAAAGAAAAGAUGACAAAGGCUGACUUUAUUAGGAAUAACCGUGGAAUAGAUGAUGGAAAGGAUUUACCUGAAGAGUAUCUUGGCACCCUUUAUGAUCAAAUUGUUAAAAAUGAAAUCAAGAUGAAUGCUGAACCUUCUGCACCACAGAGCAAGCAGGCAAAUAGCAUUAAUAAAUUACUGGGCUUAGAUGGUAUCCUCAAUCUGGUGACUUGGAAGCAGACUGAAGAAAAAGCAUUGGGUGCCAAUGGGCUUCUUAUAAGACAUAUUCAGGAGCAAUUUAAAGCAAAGUCAGGAAAGUCAGAGUCUGUAUAUCAUGCUGUUACAGAUAUUGCCAUAUUGAGGUUUAUGGUGGAGGUUUGCUGGGGUCCAAUGCUGGCUGCAUUUAGUGUGACACUUGACCAAAGUGAUGACAGGCUUGCUACUUCUCAAUGUUUGCAGGGAUUUCGACAUGCUGUUCAUAUUACUGCAGUGAUGGGCAUGCAAACUCAAAGAGAUGCAUUUGUCACAUCCAUGGCCAAGUUUACUUAUCUUCAUUGUGCUGCAGAUAUGAAGCAAAAAAAUGUUGAUGCUGUGAAGGCAAUAAUAACAAUUGCCAUUGAAGAUGGCAAUUAUCUUGAGGAAGCAUGGGAGCACAUAUUAACAUGCCUUUCUCGAAUAGAGCAUCUGCAAUUGUUGGGAGAGGGUGCACCACCUGAUGCAUCCUUUCUUACUGUAUCAAAUGUUGAAACAGAUGAAAAGGUACCAAAAGCAAUGGGUUUUCCAUCUCUAAAGAAGAAAGGAACUCUUCAGAAUCCAGCUGUAAUGGCUGUUGUCCGUGGGGGUUCGUAUGACAGUACAAGUAGCGGAGUAAACACUUCUGGACUGGUAUCUCCAGUACAGAUUAAUAACUUCAUCUCAAACUUGAAUUUGCUGGAUCAAAUUGGGAACUUUGAGUUGAAUCAUGUAUUUGCUCAUAGUCAAAGGUUGAACAGUGAAGCAAUAGUGGCUUUUGUGAAGGCCUUGUCUAAAGUUGCCAUGUCUGAGUUGCAAUCUCCAACAGAUCCUCGUGUAUUUAGCCUCACAAAAAUAGUUGAAAUAGCGCAUUACAAUAUGAAUCGCAUCAGAUUAGUGUGGUCUCGUAUAUGGAAUGUUCUCUCAGAUUUCUUUGUUUCAGUUGGCUUGUCAGAAAAUCUCUCAGUUGCCAUAUUUGUGAUGGAUUCAUUACGUCAGCUUGCUAUGAAAUUCUUGGAGCGUGAGGAACUAGCAAAUUACAACUUUCAGAAUGAAUUUUUGAGACCAUUUGUGAUUGUUAUGCAAAAGAGCAGCUCUGCAGAAAUUAGGGAGUUGAUUGUUCGUUGCAUUUCACAAAUGGUGCUAAGCCGUGUCAGUAAUGUGAAAUCUGGAUGGAAAAGUGUUUUUAUGAUUUUCACGGCUGCUGCUGCUGAUGAACGAAAAAAUAUAGUCCUGUUGGCCUUUGAGACCAUGGAAAAGAUAGUGCGAGAAUAUUUUCCCUAUAUAACUGAGACAGAGACGUUAACUUUCACUGAUUGUGUCAAAUGCCUCAUAACAUUCACAACUAGUAGAUUCAACAGUGAUGUUAGCCUCAAUGCCAUUGCUUUUCUCCGCUUUUGUGCAGUCAAACUUGCAGAAGGAGGACUUGUUUACAAUGAGAAGAGCAAGGUUGAUGGUUUCAAUCUGGUUGUAAAUGAGGAUGCUUCAGAUGUACAGACUGUAACAGAGAAAGAUGAUAGUACAUCCUAUUGGCUUCCUUUGCUUACAGGUUUGGCAAAACUGGCAUCUGAUCCAAGAUCAGCUAUCAGGAAGAGUUCUUUGGAAGUUCUUUUCAACAUUCUAAAGGAUCAUGGUCAUCUUUUCUCACACACAUUUUGGACUGGUGUUUUCAGCACUGUUAUUUUCCCUCUAUUUGAUUGCGCAUUUGACAAGAGAGAGACACCUAUGAAAGAUGAUGAAUAUUCUCCAGUUUCAAGAUCUUCACAGCACGAGGGAAGUACAUGGGAUUCUGAAACUUCUGCAGUGGCAGCAGAAUGUCUUCUAGAUCUAUUUGACAGUUUUUUUGAUGUAGUGAGGCCUCAUCUACCUGGUGUGAUAUCAAUACUGACAGGACUCAUAAGAAGUCCUAUUCAGGGUCCAGCUAGCACUGGAGUUGCUGCAUUGAUGCGUCUGACUAGUGAUUUGGGUGGCAAAUUUUCUGAAGAUGACUGGAGAGAGAUUUUUCUAGCCUUGAAGGAAGCAGCAACAUCGGCAGUGCCUGGACUCAUGAAGGUUUUGAGAACUAUGGAUAACAUUGACGUGCCUGGUGUUUCUCAAUCAUAUAAUGAUGUGGAAAUGUCGUCUGAUCAUGGGUUGACAAAUGAUGAUCUUGAGGAUGAUAAUCUGCAAAUGGCAGCAUAUGUGGUUUCGAGAAUGAAAAGUCAUAUUGCGAUGCAGCUUCUCAUUAUACAGGUUGUUACGGAUUUGCAUACAAUGCAUCUUCAGUCCUUGUCAGUAGCAAAUACUUCAAUCCUUCUUGAACUAUUUUCCUCUAUUGCAUCGCAUGCUCACCAACUGAAUUCUGAGACAAUCCUACAGAAGAAGCUGCAGAAAGUGUGUGCAAUCCUGGAGCUCAGUGCUCCACCCAUGGUUCAUUUUGAGAAUGAGUCGUAUCAGAGUUAUCUCAAUUUCCUCCAAAAUCUACUUGUGGAUAGCCCAUUGCUCUGUAAUGAGAUCAACAUAGAAGCUCAACUUGUUGCAGUGUGUGAAAAAAUAUUGCAGAUAUACCUGAACUGUACCAGAACUUAUUCCUCGCAGCAGAAACCGGUUAAUCAGCCUGUCGUUCACUGGAUUCUUCCUUUGGGUUCUGCAAAGAAGGAAGAAUUGGCGGCGAGAACCGCUUUGGUUGUCACAGCAUUGCAGGUAUUGAGUGGUUUAGAAAAGGAUUCAUUCAAAAGGUACAUUUCGCAAUUCUUUCCGUCGUUGGUAGAUCUUGUGAAGUGUGAGCACAGCUCUGGAGAAGUUCAGCGUGUUUUAAGCAACAUGUUCCAAUCAUGUAUAGGCCCAAUAAUAAUGCAAUGAUUUAUUAUUUUUAUGGUAUACAUAUAUAUAUAUAUAUAUACAUACACAUGCCGGUCAUCAGAUCUCAGUUUUCCUGUCAAUUUUCUUCACGGACUGGUUUAUGAGCCAUGAUGUAAAGUAUAUUAUUCUUUUUUUUUUUUUUUUUUUUUUUUUGUAGUAUAUGCCAAUUCUGGACUUUCCCAGAUUUUGAAGGAAUGUAUGGGCCUAGUUGCCAACGAUAUAUGGAUUGGAAAAGUAUAUUUUCUAUUUGACUACCUGAAAAUCUGUAUUGUUUGGAAGCACAAAAAUAAAAAAUAAAAAAAUCUAAUCUUCCAACUUUAUCCACUGCCUGUAAGGUCUGGUUUA